UGGGAAACAUUGAUAUAACAAUUGGUUCUUAAAAAGUUCAUGUAAAACAUUUGUGUCGGUGGUAUUUCGUUAAUUCAAAAAAAUGUUUUCGUAAAAUAUGUGUUUUAGCUCUAUGUCAAUAAAUUGUUUGAUUAAAAAAUUUUUGUUUGAUGUGACGCACAACAUUGUGUUGAAUUCAGACACAUGCUGUGCAUUUUUAGAAGUACACGCACGGGUAUAUGCUAAAAUUCACUUCUUAUCGGUUAAAAGUGAGGAUGUUUGUAAGCCAUAAGUAAUUAAAUAAAUGGUGGAUUUUAUGCUGACUUAAAAUUAAAACGGGUUCACAAACAAAUAUCAGAGGACAAAUUUUGGAGUCCCGAAAACCAUGUUCAGAGAUUUUAAUUGUCAUCAAAUUAUGGUUUCUUUGUUUGAAAUGACAAUACUUCAAGCAAUAAUUAUUGAAGUUCAAAUAAGGCACAAGUUUACGUAUUAACUGGUUCGAAAUUCUAAACGAACUAGUUGUCAUAGUUCAACCUGAGUAUAAUCCUAUUGCUGAAACUUGCCUCUCAAAUCAUGAAGUUACUGGAGAGUUCACGUUUUGAGGCCAUCAACAAUGCACUUUCUAUACAAACAAGUGGAAUAACGAUCUUUGGUCGCAUAGAAAGUUAUUCAUGCAAAAUGGUUGCAGCUGAAAAAGUACUGUAUAAACGAUUUACAGCAGAUACUCAUGGGCAUGACCUUCAGGCGUUAUCACCACCCCAAACUUUGUCUGACUUUUCGCCUAACUUUCGGCAAAACAACAGUCAGUCUGGAGAUGAAGGCAUUACUAUGUGUGAUACAAUUUCCAGAAAGACAUUGUUUUAUUUAAUUGCAACUUUAAAUGCUUCAUUUGAGCCAGAUUACGAUUUUUCUGAAGCUAAGUCUCAUGAAUUUAGCAAAGAGCCAUCAUUACAGUGGGUAAUGAACUCAAUUCACUCAAAUUUAUCGGCAUUAGCGGGAGAUCAAUAUCAAGUUAUACGACAGCCAUUAUGGUCUGCUGUUGAUGACGAAGUUAUCUUAUUAGAAUGUGACAUAUACAGUUAUAAUCCCGAUCUGAGCUGUGAUCCUUUUGGAGAACCAGGCUGUUUGUGGUCGUUUAAUUAUUUCUUUUACAACAAGAAAUUAAAGCGGAUUGUAUUUUUUACAAGUCGUGCAGUAAAUUCACUAUAUGCUGGAGAAACCUCGGAAUUUUCGAUGGAAGAGGAUAUAUAUUAAGAAAAUGCUGUCGCCUAUUUCACAAAAUUUAAUAUAGAAUUUUUUCAAACCAA